CAGCUGAAUAUGUGCAUGGAUGCCAAACACCACAAGACUGAGCCAGGACCUGAGGGAGCUCUUUACCAACAGUGCUUCCCGUGGCGCUCUAACGCGUGCUGCACGGCCAACACGUCGGAGGAGGCGCACGCAGACAACUCGUACCUGUACAACUUCAACUGGAACCACUGCGGCGUCAUGGCCGACCGCUGCAAACGCCACUUCGUACAGGACACCUGCUUCUACGAGUGCUCCCCACACCUGGGCCCGUGGAUACAGAAGGUGGACCAGUCGUGGCGUAAGGAGCGUAUAGUGGACGUGCCCCUGUGCCUGGAGGACUGUGAGUCCUGGUACUCAGACUGCCAAGACAGCUUCACCUGCAAAGACAACUGGCACGUAGGCUGGGACUGGAGCACAGGAACUAACCAAUGCCCCAGCGGUGCAAAGUGCCGGACGUUUGCUGAAGUGUUCAAAUCAGCGAAGACCAUGUGUGAGGUCAUCUGGUCGAACUCUUACAGGCACACCACUCUGAAGAAGGACAGUGGUCGCUGCAUGCAAUUGUGGUUCGAGGGCCCCACCAACCCAAACCAGGAAGUGGCCCGUUACUACCUCAACAACAACGCCGCCCCUCAGGCUGUUGGCAUGGCAACCACCCUCCUCCUACCCCUCCUCAGCCUACUCUCCAUAGCAUGAGACAGAGAGAGAGAGAAAUAGACAGAAAAAGAAAGUGAAAGAGGGAGAGGGACAGAAAGAGAGAGAGAAAAGAAACAGAGAGAGAGGGAUAGAGACAGAAACGAGGGGAGGGGGAUAUGUUUGGAAGAUAAUAAAGGAGAGAAUAAAGUCUCAAUCAAGAA